AUGGACUCGUUUACUUUCUCCAUGCAGCCGCCAGCACAGGGAAUAACUGGGCUCGGCUCCAAUAAACAGCCACAAUAUCCCCUCUUUGAUGACGGCCUACAAGUACGCAUGACUGUGUUCGUCGAUGAGCAGAACUGUGCCCCGGAGAAUGAGGUCGACGCAGACGACGAUCGAAGCUGGCAUUGGGUUGUAUAUGCCGGUGACGCAGAUGGCGGCUGCAAGGCUGUAGGCGUGGUUCGCCUCGUCCCGCCACCGCACGGAGGGCAUCAGCACCAACAUGAGAGCGGAAAGCCGUUUGUCAAGAUUGGUCGACUGGCCGUUCUGCCUGCGUAUCGAGGGAAGGGGCUUGCUCGAAGAUUGGUCGAGAUGGCGCUGGAAUGGGCGGCUGAGCAUAAGUUGGACGUGGGGGGUGGAUGGGAGGGCUUGGUGUUGAUACAUGCCCAGACGGAUGUGGAGGCAAUGUAUGCUCGACUGGGUUUCGAGACUGACAAGAGUCUGGGCCAGUGGGAUGAAGAAGGCAUCCUGCAUGUUGGGAUGUGGAAAAUGCUGGAGUUAUGA